UAGUUCAGUUACCGCACAUGAUUACGAGGACGGGGCGGACAGUAAUUUUUCUCUCAAAAAACCUGGAAUCUUCAUUCUGAUUGUGGGAGACUUUGAGAAAUCAACAUGGCUGAGAAGCCAGUUAAGAUCGGGUCAAAGGUCGAGAUUACUGGCAAGGGACUCCAUGGGAAGGUUGCCUUUGUUGGUGUGACGGCCUUUGCAACCGGGAAAUGGAUUGGUGUAGUCUUGGACGAUGCCAAAGGGAAGAACAAUGGAGUCGUUCAGGGAAAGAAGUACUUCAAUUGUCCGGACAACUAUGGCAUCUUUGUACGCCAGUCUCAGAUUACUGUGGAAGAGUCUCCCCCAGGAAGUGGAGUGGUCUCCCCAGGGACCACCUCUCCCGUCCCAACAUCGAUCCCUCGAGCCAGUGCACCAAAAACAGAGAAGUCACCGCUUGUGAAGAAACAACCCCCAAGUCCGUCGCAAAAGUCUGGCGAACAGAAAACACCUUUGGAAAAAAGUUUGCCUGUACGUCGUUUACUCAAAUUCAACCCUGCACGAAGACCCUCUGAUGGCUUGCCUAGACCUCGUGUGGAGAGUCCAGCUGUUGAACCAGCUGCUGCUCCUCCCUCACGUUUGCCUCACCCAUCUGCUAAGCCGGUCAGUAUUGAUGACAAAUUGAGUGAGUUACAAAGCUCUGAGCAGGUGUCGUCUUACAAGGCAGAGGUACAGGAUCUUAAAGAGAAGCUUGAGACGCUGAGAAUUAAACGAGCUGAAGAUAAGAUGCGUCUUAAAGAUGCAGAGAAGGUUAAGAUUCAACUAGCUCAGUUGUCUGAAUUCAAAGCCAGGAUGAUUGAAGCAAAAAAUGAUUUGGAGAGACAGCUGCAAGAGGCCAAGAAGGAGGCUCGUGAAUCAACAGAGGCGAGAGAACGUUAUCAGGAAGAAAUGUCUGAAGUUGCAGAAACCAUUGAAAUGGCAACACUGGACAAAGAAAUGGCAGAGGAAAAGUGUGACUCACUACAAGUGGAAGUUGACACUCUGAAGGAGAGAGUUGAAGAAUUGACCCUUGACCUUGAGCUGCUGAGGGGAGAAAUUGAACAAGGAGGUACUGAUGGAGCUUCAACCAAUUAUCAGAUCAAGCAGAUGGAACAACAGAAUGCCAGAUUGAAAGAAGCUUUGGUCAAGCUGCGAGAUUUGUCUAACGCUGAGAAACACGAGCAUCAGAAAGCCUUGAAGGAUAAAGAUAAGAUUGUUGCUGAACUGAAAGAAACUAAAGGCCAGAAAGACAGCGCUAAUAAAGCUCUCAAGGAAGCCGAGAACCAAAUCAUUGAGCUUAAGGAACAGGUGGAUGCUGCUCUGGGUGCUGAAGGAAUGGUAGAAACGUUGACUGAUAAGAACUUGGAGCUAGAAGAAAGAGUUGAAGAUUUGCAGACUACAGUCACAGAUCUGGAAGCUUUGUCUGACAUGAAUGAGGAGCUUCAGGAGAAUGCUCGAGAGACUGAGAUGGAGCUGAGAGAGGAGAUUGAUAUGCAGCGUAGUAAGGUGGUGGAGUACCAGCGUCGUAUUGGAGGGAUGCAGGACACAGCCAAUGAUUACCAGGAAACUAUCGCUAAGUUCCGUCAGCUGACGGCUUCUCUACAGGAGAAGAAUCGCGACCUCGUUAGCCAGCAAACAGAUUCUUCUGAAUCCCCAGACACACUGGCUGACAUCCCGACUUAUGAUUUCAAGGCUAAAUUCCUGGAGACAAAGGCACAAGCUAAGGCCAUAGAGACUGAUUUAUUCAAGCUGCGUAUUGAUCAAGCAAAUCAGCAUGUUGAUCAUCUAUGUGCUUUUAUGCCGGAUCAAUUCUUGCGUCGUGGAGGUGAUCAUGAUUGUGUGCAGGUACUACUCUUCAUUGGGAGGAUGUUAUCCAAGGCUGAUCUUCUUGUCAGCCAACUUAAAGAAAAGGCCGAUAUUCCUGAGUCAAUGUCUCGUGAGGACGUACUCCGUAACAACAAGGGAGAACAACUCUCCUUCACUAACUUUGUCAUCUUCACCAUCGCUCAGCUUCAGACUAUCCUCAACAAGUACCAGAUAUCACUGACUUCAUGUAAUGUGGCUCUGUUCUGUAAGAUUGGUACCCUGUAUCCUGAAAUGUCUCCACAUGAGACUGCAUUGGAUCAUCUGAUUGAUCUGCUGCGUAAAGAUCAGCUCGAUGAGACAACAUCCCUGGACUUCUUGAUGAAAGCCAUCGGAUUCUUCACUCAUCUCUAUAGCGUUCAUCUGUCUCAAGAAACUCUAGAUCAAACUUCCUUUAUGGCUGAUACCGUCAGGCUGGUUACCUCUGGGACUGAUAUGGUGGCAUUGGAGAUCAAGAAACUACGAGUUCUCAUGCAGGCGAUGCAGGAAACCAGUGAUUUCUCUAUUCUCCUGAAGGAUCUGGAGGGUACCAACACAGACCUGAAGACAUUCGCUCGCAUGAUUCGACGUCGUUUACCCCAAGCUGAAGGAAGUGAUGGUCCUACCCCUGGACCUCAAGCUCUUGUGUAUACUGCAGAUAUUCAAGCUUCUUUGUCUGAGUGUAGUGAUCAUCUCGUCACCCUAAUCGGAGGAAUGAGAGAGCUUGGACAAGGAGCUAUGAAGGCGGCUGGCUCAUUGGCAGACACACCAGAGAAAGAGAAGAAAUCCAAGGAAGGAAAGAAAGAUGCUGAUGGUAUACCUGCUAUGCGGUUGGAGGAGAUUGCGGAGAGGGCUUCAGACUUGGCUUACGGCAAACAAGAUAAAGGACCCUACCAGAGCUUCAGAGAGUCUUUGGUGAAAUCGAUGGUCAUCAUGAGUAAGAUCAGCAAAGCUGUACAGGAAGGAGAAUAUGACUCCAAUGUACCUCCAGAUAAGGUGCAACCUCCAAUAGCUAGACGAGCCGCUAAGGUCAAGUCGGAGAUCUGUGAUUCGGAAGGUCUUGGCCACAAGUUGGAACUAAAGGAGAGUGAGUUGAAGGAGCUGAAGAGACAGCUGAAAUUAAAGCAAGAGGAAGUCAGCGCCAAUGCAGUACGUCUUGGACUCGUUGAGAAGAAAUUAGAAAAUGCUAGCCGAGACGGAGAAGAUAAAGUCAGAAAAGUUGAGCGUGAAUUAUCGGCACAGCAGGAGGUACUCAAGAAGAAAGAAAAGGAGUUUGACGAUACUUUGGAUCACAUGCAGUCGGACAUUGACGUCUUGGAAAGAGAGAAGCUGGAACUGAAACAGCGCCUGACUCAAGUCUCUAAGAAAGCGUUGUUUGAGAGUUUGACAAGUAAGACAGCUCCCUCUGGAAUUGCAGCAGUAGUAGCGGGAGGUGCUAGCGGUAAUCAAGGUGGUACAUCACCAACUAGUCCCACUGGUGGAGGUGCACCUCUUGGCAGCCAUGUCGUUAUUAAAGACUCGCCACUACUUGUGCAACAGAUUGAUUCAUUGAGGCAAGCCCUAGGAAAGGUCAAGGGAGAGAAUACAAGACUGAAAUCUGCUGAAAUGAAGAAAGUGAUGGACACCCUGAAACCUUUGAAUGUACCAAAGAAACCAACAGGUCUUGCCAGUCCAACAGGCUUUAUUGCCCUUGUACCAACUGCUGAAACUGGGACAACAGAAGGCGCUGUUACACCAGCCGCUACUAUGGAGCCUCAGAAAGACGUCGUUGUGCUCGCUCGGAGAACUCGCAAGUUACUUCAUGAGUUGCAUCUACUAAGUGCAAAUCCAAGAGUAAUAGACAUCACUCAGCGUAAACCGGGCGUGGUCCCAGCCAUUACUAAAGCCACACCCAUUCAUCAGCUCGUCGAUAAGAUGGCUAAGGUUCACCAAUUCAACGCCAGUAUCACUCAGCUCCAGACUGAGGUACAGAGCGUAGUGUCCAGCCAACGUCCUGGUGCCAAGGCUAAGAGUGACUUCUCUGUCUUUCCAUCAACGGACUUCUCCAAGGCUCAGAGUGAGAAAACAGAAUUCGCCUCUAUUGGUACUCUGUCCAUUCCUAUCAUUGGUGACCAGAAGCCUUGUAGCUACGCAGUCAGUCUACGUCAUGAUCAGCUUCAGAAAGUUCACACUCAGCUAAUAGCCUGAUACGACGGUGAAUCCCUCGUCGGUGAAUCCCUCAGAAUCAUCGGUAGCUGUGGCAAGUAGUGCUUUCUUAAUCAUUAAAGGGUCUAUGUAACUUUUGUAGGACAAAAAACACAAUGUCCACAGAUUUACACUAAACUUACACA